AUGGCGAAAGGCGGGAAGGGUGGGAAGAAGAAGGGCGGCUCGGCAAUUCCCAAGGCGGGGCAGGGGAAGAAGAGCGCGGAGGGGGGUGCGGCUGUGGACGAGUCGCGGCCGCCGUACAUGAAUGCUGACAUCAUCAUGCACUCGCUAGAGCUCAUCGACAGCUACUACCGGGCGACGGGGAAGCCGCUGUUUGACAAGCCGGUGGAGGUGGCGGAGGCGGCCAAGGAGCUGUGGAGCGCGCCCUUCCUCGUGCUCUCGCACGGCACCGAGGACGACCCCCUCUUCAACUAUGCCAACGAGAGUGGGUUGCGUGCGUUUGAGAGCACGUGGAGCGAGUUCACGGCACUGCCAUCGCGCUACUCCUCGCCCGACCCCGACUCGCCCUCACGCAAGGAGCUGCUGCAGCAGGCCGAGGAGAAGCCCAAGGAUCUGAAGGGGCUGGUGCGAGUGUCCACCAAGGGGACCAAGUUCGAGAUUGAUGACGGCGUCUUGUGGACGCUUGUGGCCACAGAUGGCGAGCGCUUUGGGCAGGCGGCAGUGAUUCGCGAGUGGCACCUGCUGGACCCCCCCAAGGACGACCAGGAGCAAGGUGCAGCCCCAGAUAGCAGCGCGGCAGCCACUGAGCCAGCAGCGGCCGGCAGUGGUGGCAGCAGUGCUGCACAAGGGAACACACAAGAGGAAUCGUGA